AAUUUUUAACACUCACCAACUCUUUCUUGUCUUUGAAGGGUUGCACCAAAAAAUCAGAAUAAACCAAUUGUUUCUUUGUUCUUGUUCUUGUUCUCUUGUUAAUAGUAUCUAAGUAGCAAAGAGACAAGUGAUUAAUCUGCAUAACAGAUAACACAUUUGAGGUCAUGUUAGCACAGGAUACAACCAAACACAGAUAUUGUUUCUUAAAUACCAAUGCAAACAUGUCUUCUUCUUCCUCUUCUUCUUCUUCUUCUUAUUCUAAAUCUCCAAUCAUUUUCUCGUUUGUUUGUAUUCUAAUCUUGUUUGUCGCUGUUGCUGAAUCCGUACCAAUAAACGAAACAAGCUUUAGACCAAUGGAAACAUUGAAGAAACUUAAGAAAGUCAGAGCUCAUUUAAAGAAGAUUAAUAAACCUGCGCUUAAGACCAUUAAGAGUCCUGAUGGAGAUUUGAUCGACUGUGUUCCUUCUCAUCUUCAACCUGCAUUUGAUCAUCCGAAACUCAGAGGACAAAGGCCAUUGGAACCACCAUCUGAGAGGCCGAAGGGGAAUGACACCAUUGAUGAACACUUGGAGACAAUUCAACUAUGGGCAGAAUCUACCGAAUUCUGUCCAAAAGGCACUAUUCCGAUCAGAAGAACCACCGAAAAAGAUGUUCUUCGAGCAAGUUCAAUAAAAAGAUUUGGAAGAAAGAUCAAAGGAGGUGUGAGGCACGACACCAUGAGCGGUGGCCAUGAGCAUGCAGUCGCUUUCGUUAAUGGAGAUCAGUACUACGGAGCAAAAGCCAGUAUGAAUGUAUGGACACCUGCUGUUACAGAUCCAUAUGAAUUUAGCCUGUCACAAUUAUGGGUUAUAUCCGGUUCAUUUGGCAAUGAUCUCAACACCAUUGAAGCCGGUUGGCAGGUUAGCCCAGAGUUGUAUGGAGAUGGUUAUCCAAGAUUUUUUACUUACUGGACGGUGAGCAAUAUCUCAACUGUU